AAGUUCUGCACAGAUCUUAUUAACAACAAAAUUAGGACCUAAAAGAUGGUAAACUGAAGUACUCACUCCCUCCCAUAUUAAGUUACGAAAAGACACCCCUGUUCUGAAACGGCUUAGAAACAUGAGGGAGGCGUUCUCGGCGGCGAUUCCGGAGACGAUCGAAGCGACGGGGGUGGCGUGCGGGGCCUCGGACCUUGGCCUGCCCGCGCGGUCUGGCCGGACUACAAGGGAAGGAGGGGCGCAGCUGCGACUUGGGGGCGAUGCUGUGUUUGUUGGGAUCUCCCACGUGGACUUCCGCCGAACAAUCUUGGCGAUCGCGGAUCUGGCGGAGAGAGAUGAGAAGGUGAUCGAGAAGAUUCGUCAACCGGGAAAGAUCGAGCUCCCAACGGGAUUCUCGGACUUGAGGGCACGAUUCUCGGACCUUGCCUUGGCCGUCAUCGAACGACGCCGCCGCCAGCCAAAGUUGUCAAUAAGGAUGGCCUUCAAAAAAUGGCAUGGUUGGGUGCUGAAAAAGUUUUCUGAUGAUAGCACAAUAACGGAUUAUGAUAUCGACAGUAUUAUAGCUAAAAGAGAGGAGACAACGGCAAAACCUAAUGCGAAAAUGAAAAAAUUCACUAAGGGUGCAAUUAAAUUUAAUCGGUAUAAGCGUAUGUGCCUGUCCCUGUUUCUCUGUCUACUGCAGCACUGUGUCUUUCGUCCACACACCUAAUACCUUUUUAUAAGCUGAUGGUGAAGCAUAAUUUCUUGGUGAUGAGAUUCAUACAUUCAAUUCAUGUGUGGUAAAUUGUUUUUUUAAGUGUACGUGACUGCUUCAAGAUGAUAACAAGGGUGAUUCACAGAA